UCUGUGGUACCCAAGAUGGUGAGCAUCUUCUGCUCAGGAGAUGGCUCCAUCAGCUUUAACUCUUGCUUCACUCAAAUGUAUUUUGUCCAUGCAGCCACAGCUGUGGAGACAGGGCUGCUGCUGGCCAUGGCUUUUGACCGCUAUGUAGCCAUCUGCAAGCCCCUACAUUACAAGAGAAUUCUCACACCUAAAGUGAUGCUGAGAAUGAGUGUGACCAUUGCAUUCAGGGCUGUUGUGUUCAUGUCUCCAUUGAGUUGGAUACUGAGUCAUCUACCAUUCUGUGGCUCCAAUGUGGUUCCCCAUUCUUACUGUGAGCACAUGGCUGUGGCCAAGUUGGCAUGUGCUGAUGCCAUGCCCAGCAGUCUCUACAGUGUAAUUGGUUCCUCCAUUAUUGUGGGCUCUGAUGUGGCCUUCAUUGCUGCCUCCUAUGUCUUGAUUCUCAGGGCAGUGUUCAAUCUUUCCUCAAAGAAUGCUCGGAGGAAGGCAUUAAGCACAUGUGGCUCCCAUGUGGGUGUCAUGGCCCUAUACUAUCUACCUGGAAUGGUAUCCAUCUAUGUAGCCUGGCUAGGGCAGGACACAGUGCCCUUGCACACCCAAGUGCUGUUAGCUGACUUGUACCUGAUUAUUCCUCCCACUUUAAACCCCAUCAUUUAUGGUAUCAAGACUAAACAAAUACGUAAGAAAAUAUGGCAUUUGCUGAUGUUAUUCUUUUAUCUCUCUUAUCAAGUUUCAUGA